GACUUAAUUACAUUCAUAAUCAAAAAAUUAUUCAUCGAGAUUUUCAUAGUGGAAAUAUUCUUUGUGAAAAUGUAUAUGAUAAUUAUGAUAUUGUAAUAAGUGAUUUGGGAAUUAGUAAAUUAUCAACUGAAGUAUCAGAAAAUAAUAAUGAAUAUUAUGGAAUUAUGCCAUAUAUUGCUCCAGAAAUUUUUCAAAGACAAAAAUAUACUGUAACUUCAGAUAUAUAUAGCUUCGGUAUGAUUAUGUGGGAAUUAAUGACAGGUAGAAGACCUUUUUGUGAUCGAGAUUAUGAUACAUCAUUUAUUAUUGAAAUUUGUGAUGGUUUGCGUCCUCCAAUUGAUACAAUUGCACCUGAAGGUUAUAUUGAAAUUAUGUACGAAUGUUGGCAUUCUGAUCCGAAUAAAAGACCAACAGCUAGUAAUAUAUAUGAUAUUAUUGAACAAAUUAUAUUAAAAGAAGAAAACAAUCCAACUAAAAUUAUUGAAUCAUUAAAUUCUAAGCCUGUAAUCACAAAUAAAUUUACUUCAGGUAGUAUAAUAACUUAUACAAAACAUACAAGCUCAAAAAAUCAUGGUAAAAAAUAUGAUGAUAACGAUAACGAUAAAUAUUGUAAUGAAUCUAAAAAAUCAAAUAAAAAUG